CCUGAUCCUCCUCGCCUCGUUCGCUCGCUCGCUUGCGUUCCCGUCUCGCAAAAAUUCAACAUUUCUCUCGGCUCUUUAAUUUUCCCGUGGCUGGCUGCUUCCUUCCUGCGACCGAGUUCCAGUCGUCGGAGAAGAAGAGAAGGGGUCGAUGACGAGCAAGUCCGGCAGCGCCGUGGCGGACGAUGGCAGCUACGAGUACGAGGAGGAGUCCGUGCAGAACUCCCGCGGGCUGAAGCUCUUCACCUGCAGAUGGCUCCCCCCCAAGGGCCAAAUAGUCAAGGCCCACGUCUUCCUCUGCCAUGGGUACGCGGUGGAGUGCAGCGUGACGAUGCGGGGGACGGGGGUGCGGCUGGCGCAGGCCGGGUACGCGGUGUACGGGGUGGACUACGAGGGCCACGGCAAGUCGGAGGGGCUCCAGGGCUACAUCCCCUCCUUCGACCUCCUCGUCAGCGACACCGACGCCUUCUUCACCGCCGUCGUCGCCUCCACCGCCAACACGGACCUCCCCCGCUUCAUCCUCGGCGAGUCCAUGGGCGGCGCCGUGGCGCUGCUCCUCCACCGGAUGCGCCCGGCGUACUGGACCGGCGCCGUCCUCGUCGCCCCCAUGUGCAAGAUCGCUGAUGAGAUGCGGCCGCAUCCGGUGGUGGUGAGCGUCCUCAAGCUGAUGACCAACAUCAUCCCCACGUGGAAGAUCGUGCCGACCACCGAUGUCAUCGACGCCGCCUACAGGAUGCAGGAGAAGCGCGACGAGAUCAGGAACAACCCCCACUGCUACCAGGGCAAGCCGCGCCUCAAGACCGCCUACGAGCUCCUCAAAGUCAGCCUCAACCUCGAGAACAACGUACUCUCAAAGGUGUCAUUGCCAUUCCUGAUCGUUCACGGAGGCGACGACAAGGUGACGGACCCAUCGGUGAGCGACCUCCUCUACCGCUCGGCGGUGAGCCAGGACAAGAAGCUCAACCUCUACCCGGGCAUGUGGCACGCCCUCACCUCCGGCGAGAGCCCCGAAAACAUCCACACCGUCUUCCAAGAUAUCAUCGCAUGGCUCGACCAAAGAUCAUCCCCGAAAUCAUCAUUGUCGGCGGCCGCCUUGGACUUGUCAUCGGAGAUGGAACAGAAGGCCAAGCACGAUGAGCAGAAUUUCGACAAGCAAUAGCACGAAAGCUAAUGACAAUGAGCAGCUGUAGGCAUGGUUAAGUACAGCUGGGACUUGGAAUCAUGUUAAGUUAACUGGCUGGCUACAAGUGUGGUGCAUUAAUCCAUUAUUGUACUAACUUGCUAGCUAGUUCGUCAAUUUCUGUCUUCUUGUAAACCAGCAUACCAUGCAACCUGGAUCUUUCAAAGAUAUAUCAUAUACCAGUGCUAUUUCAGUUUUACAAAA